AUGCAGCCCUCACCCCUCGUAAACCCAUUGGCAACCGUAGCCCAGCUCGAAACGUCCGGCUCUCAACUCGACCGCAUUCCCUCUGAUCUCGAAGACUCAAUCCGCUUCGCUGGCGCUAGACUUACACAAGCAGCAGGCAUACUGCUCCGCCUCCCACAAGAAGUCAUUGCGCAAGCGAUCGUGGUAUUCAUGCGCUUCUGGCUCGGCCCCGAAGGAGGAAGUCUCGCAGAGUUUGGCGCAGAACAAGUCUCAGCCGCGUCGCUGUACCUCACCACGAAGCUCUCUGCAUAUCCCAAGUCAGCGCGCAGUCUGGUAAACGUGUAUGCGUAUCUUGAUUCGCUGCCAGUUACGUUUUUCGACGACAAGCAGCUGCAGGAGACGCAAGAUGCGGCGAAAUAUUAUGUGAGCGAGGGUACGUAUGAGCGCCGCCGCGCAACGCUUUUCACGACCGAACAACGUAUUCUCCGCACUCUAGGCUUCAGUGUCGCGGUCCAGUUACCAUACACGCUGUGUAUAACGUACAUGCAAGCUCUCGAUAUCUUCUCGCAUCCCCGCGCGGCCGAACUCGCAAAACGUGCAAUCGCACACCUGAACACUGCGUUGCUGAGUCCGCAGUGUCUUUACCUUACGCAUCAGCCACCGGCGCUGGCGACGGCAAGUAUAUAUCUGGCGGCUAGGGAGACAGGGAUCAAGAUGCCAGAGUGUGAGUGGUGGGAGGUGUUUGAUACGGAUAGAGAGGUGUUGGGGUUUUUGUGUGUAGGGAUGUUGAGUUUAGAAGGGUUUGCGAGGGAGGAACAGAAGAGGUGGGAGGGGAAGAAAUGUCCGAUGAGUGUUGAGGCCGUGGAGAGGGAGGUUAGAAGGAGGAAGGAGGAGGCAGACACCUGA